UACGAUUUACAAUAUGCUUAUGACCCAGAUUCUGGAUAUAUUUAUAUUUUUGGAGGACAAUCUGUUUCUAAUUCAUCCGAAUGGUUCAAUGAGAUGAUAAUUUUUGAUUCUAUUCAUUUUUCCUGGUCAAAUAUGACAUCUUAUUUCGCUCCUUCAAAAAGAUCAGGACAUACUGCUACUUUAUUGAAAAGCGGAGUAAUAGUAUUUAUCGGCGGUUGGGAACUGAGUGGUAAUUCUAGUAUUCCGACGCUAGCGAACAUGAGUCAGAUUUGGACAUACCAUACGAGAUCUGCAGAAUGGUCACUUAAUAAUGCUGAAUUUAUUAAUAAUAAUACUAUUGGCUCUCGAAUUUACCAUUCAGCAGUAUUAGCACCUGAUGAAAAAAUUAUUAUUUAUGGCGGUUCCAAUGGUAUAGGCAAUAGUAAAGUUUCACCAGACCUUGCAGUUCUUAAUGUUUCAUCGACUCUGUUUCAAUGGUCAGCUCCAAAUAUCGAAUUGUUAUCUAGUACCGCCAAUCGGUCUCUUGUGGGUCAUACUGCGGCAAUGUUACCGAGACCUAUUCCAAACAAUCAAGUGUUAACAAUAGGGUUUAUUUGCUUAAUACAAGUUCCUAUAAUUGGGUGGCUUCAUAUCAAUCAAGCAAAUGCAUCAAACAAUUCGACCUCUAUCAGCUUAUCAAUACUUUGUAUAAUUAUUGGUGCUGUCGUUCUAGCUUUCAUUAUAGGAUUUUCUAUAAUUUGGUGUUAUCAAAAAUAUAGAAUUAAACUUACUUUAUUAACUCAAAAAGGCACAACUCGUCAAGUUUUGCGUUAUUCUGAUGAUGACAACUCAACUAAAUCCGAAGAACAGCACCAUUAUUUUGAUUUACCUUCUCGAACUUUUUCAGAAACGCCUGUGACUACAUUUUAUAAUUAUCAACAACAGGUGUUUCAACAACAAUCAUAUCAUUUUAUGAUGCCAAUAGAUGGUGCUUCAUAUCAUCAAUCCCAAGGAAAUGAAGGUAAUGUGCCUGUAAUUAGUUACGUGCAACACGACGUUCAACCACAAUAUGUUGAAUAUGAUACGACACAUAACAAUUAUCGUUAUCCAAAUAAUAAUCCUAAUUAG